AUGUCAUCUCAUAACCUGGUUGGAAGCCACAUCGACGGCCCUCCGUCGCAAAGCCGAUCUCAUCUGAAGCCCACACGGGCUGAUGAGGUGCACGAUCUCAUCUGCGUGGGCUUCGGCCCGGCGAGUCUUGCUAUUGCCGUAGCACUCCAUGAUGCGAUGGAGAAUGGCAAAAUCUCCAGGACUCGGGCUCCCAAGGUUCUCUUCUUGGAGAAGCAGAACCAGUUCGCAUGGCAUGCCGGCAUGUUACUGCCGGGUGCCAAGAUGCAGAUUUCCUUCAUGAAGGAUAUGGCAACUUUCCGUGACCCACGAUCUCACUUCACGUUCCUGAACUUUCUCCACCAGCAGAACCGCUUGGUUGACUUUACGAAUCUGAACACUUUCCUCCCGGCCCGAGUCGAGUAUGAAGAGUACUUGAGGUGGUGUGCAAACCAUUUCGGGGAUGUUGUCCGAUACGGGCAAGAGGCAGUUUCCGUCUCGCCAGUGUCCGUAUCCCAAAACGGCAACCCGGUGUCGCAAUUCACUGUGAGCUCAAGAAACAGCAAGACCGGAAAUGUCUCAACUUUCAGAGCCAAGAACGUGCUACUUGCCAUCGGUGGUCAAGCAAGCAUUCCCAAGUCGCUGCCGGCCAAGCAUCCACGAGUCAUCCAUUCCUCACAAUAUGCACACCUCGUCCCCAAGAUCCUCAACAAACGAGAUGCGCCAUAUCGCGUCGCAGUGAUCGGAGGCGGCCAGAGCGCUGCUGAGAUUUUCAACAACGUGCAGAACCUAUACCCCAACUCGCGCACUUACCUGGUGAUGCGAGCUCCGUUCCUGAAGCCCAGCGAUGACUCGCCAUUUGUCAACUCGAUCUUCAACCCGGAGUUCAUUGACAACCUGUACCCCAAGCCUACGGCAUACCGAAAGGCUCUCAUCUCUGACGCUCGAGCGACGAACUACGGUGUCGUGCGAUUGGAGCUUAUCGAGCAUCUCUUUGAGAAGAUGUACGAGCAGGGCCGUGAGCUUGGCAAGGACGAACGAAACUGGCCCCACCGCAUUCUCGGCGAGACUGACAUUGUUGGAGUCGACUCAAUUGAGGGUGCUCAGGACAAACUGCGACUUCGUGUGCGAUCGCUUCACGAGGACCAGGCUGGGGCUGCUGACUCCGUGCUCGAUGUCGACUUGAUUAUUGCCGCAACUGGGUACCAACGAAAGGCUCACUACACUAUUAUGGAUGAAGGCGUCGCUAGCCUGCUACCCGACCUCAGCAGCGGUGUUGGCAUCGACUCAAACGGAACAACUCAGGUAGAGAUUGAUGUAAGAACUCAAGGAUCACGCUUUGAGAAGAAAAGUGUCAAGAUUGCGCGCGAUUACAGCUUGCAAUUUGGCCCCGGCAAGGUGGCCCCAGGUUCUGGAAUCUGGUUGCAAGGUUGCAAUGAAACCACUCAUGGAUUGAGUGACACCCUUUUAUCGGUGCUAGCCUGCCGCUCAGACGAGAUCGUUAACUCGCUCUUUGCCGCCGGCUUGCCAAGGAACGCCUCGAAGCUCUAA